AUUUUCUAACCCCUUCGUGCCUGAUGGUAAGACAAAUCUUAACGCCUAAGCACAAUUUUUCAACUUUGACAUGUGUUAGCAAAACUGUAAAUCUCAUCGCAACUGCUUUGUGCAUCCAGGUGGAUUAUACCUUGUUAUGUUUUCAGGACAAAUUGGGCUUUCAUUUGGUGGUAAAUGGUAACGGAUAUCUCCUGAUUUUUCUUUUAUGAAUAAAGGAAAACUGUCCCGGAAUAAAGAUUUUUUUUUUUUUAUUC